AAACACAAGACCUUCAUUAGUAUAUAAAACCUUUCCCUAUUCCCCAGGGAGUGGGACACAGUUCUUGAGACUGUAACCUACUAUGUUCCCUCUUUGCCUGGCAAAGAAUAAAGCUCCUUUUUCAUGUGCCUCCAAAACCUUGUAUUUCCUUUUAGCGUCAGUGCACAGAGAGCCAAGAUUUUGGCAUCAGUAUCUCUGGUGAUGGCUCUAUUUGGGGAACAGGCCCUCUAUCUGAAUUUUCUAGGCAAUUAGGGGGAAGGUCAAAGUUUCUUCCUGAGUCUUUCGAGCCUCGAUUGUUUUCAGUUUGAAAUAAUUGUCAUACUACAGAGACAUUUUGAGGGGAUGGGUAGAAGACAGCAAGUUUUGCAUCCCUGCAGAAGUGAAGCCGUCUAGUAAUGUGCCUGGCAUGUGGUCAUUGCUCAGUGAAUGCUCAUUCCCUGCCUCUAACAAAGAGGACACAAGCAUCACUUUGGUUUUGCACACCGCCUGGCCACCAUCCUCACCUGUGUCGGUGUGUGUUUUGGCGGGUGUUUGGCACAGUGCGUGAGAAAGGAGAAAGUUGUUCACGUUCCUUGCCCACAACAGGAUCCCUGUUUCCUAGUAUCACAAUGUUCCACCAGGAAAAUAUUGCGAAAGGUAAAUGGAUCGGCCUCUGCCUGGUUUCUGCAGAGGGAAACUCAAGGAGACAACUUUCCGACUUUUCCGCUGCCCCAGCCCUGGCACCCUACCACAGCAUACUCUGGUGCUUUGGACAGGAGCAUCCCUCAUCAGAGAGAGCUACUUUGGGAUUAUUCGCUCAAGAAGAAUCACUAACAUUCACUUACAAAACCCUUUUGAUACAUUUUUCUCAUUUAAUUACCAUGAUACUCUUGUGAGGAAGAUAUGUAUCUGUCAGCAUUUUGUAAAAGAGACUUGGCAUGGUUGUCACUCAUGGCACACAUACAACAAAACCCAAACAGUUCCUCUCUGACCCCCAUCCAGCCUUUUCUUAGCCUUUUCUUGCUCCAGGCUUCGAUGGUGGCUACUCGGAGACAUCACAGCAAAUGUUCCCUGCCCUUGGAUGUUCUUGCUCAUUGGAAGGAUGGGUUUAGAACACCAUUGCGGCCCCUGAAAAAAUGAGCAUGGAUCCUUCAUGGGGCGAGGUCGAGGGGAGUGCUAUAUUCUAGAAGUCUUGCUUCCCAGGCACCCCGAAGGCCAGAGUUACAGUCCCCUCUCUGUGGCACAUCCAUCAGACUUCAGUAGAUGGAUGCUGGCCAGCAUCAAAAUUAUGGCAUCGGAAGGGGCUGGAGGAGUGUGGCUGGCUCCCAGCCUCUUAUUUUCCCAUUCCACUGGAAGGUCGUGUUCAUUCGAGCUUUCAAACCAGAAAUAAAUUAUUAUAAUCCAUUUGCUAAUUACACCACGCUGAAGCUCGAGACGCUGUAAAUUGCAGCCGUGAUAGAGCUAGAUGAAGUUUCGGGGAGUUUAUUUUUAGCCAUGCAGAGAGCACUUGGUUUCCUAGAGGCUUCGUUUGCAAGUCUAGGAGGGGACAGGGAAAAUUUGUCUGCCCGGUCCUUUCUGUCCCAUGACUUGGAUGGAGUCGUUUAACCUCCCUUGCCCUCCUCAGUAAAGCAGGUGACUGUCAUAGUUGAUAUUGAAGCACUGUCUGUCUCUAAGGUCUAACUCUCAUUUCUUGACUAUGGAAACUAGAAUGUGUUCAGACAUCAUCUUUCCCUGCCUAGGUCAUCCUGGAGAAUAUCAAAAGCCAUCACCCGAGCAUGUGAACUAUGGGACACAGGCCUCAGAAACCUCAGGUUAAGUGGAUGCAUGGUCCCCCUUUCCUGAUCUUUUCUUUUAUGGUCAGUUGGAAAGAGGUAGAAGGAUUUUGUAUAGGAUUUUAUGUGCACUUUACACCAGCUGUGUCCACAACUAGGUGCUUGCCUUUGAGUGGCUGUUGAAUGGCCUUCUCCAUUCAAGGCCAGGGUCACCAGUUUCAGCUGGGCAGUCACACUUGAGUGUCUGUGUGCCAGGCACUGAAUUUGGUUCUGAAAACAUCAUGAAGGUGAAGUGGGUGCAAUUCCGAGCCCCAAGGAGACCAGCAGGGAAGGUAAAUCAGGAAAUGAAAAUGUUGACAUGCUUUUUGAACUGCAGUAUUAGCCACGGAUGAUAAAAGUGCUGAGUGUCAUCAGCAAUGUCACAGACUCAUUGUGGUGUGGAGGUCCUGGUUCAUUCGUGCCUGUUGGGAGAGGAGAAUCAGGGAAAGCUUUGGGGUUGAAGGAGUAUUUGAGCCGGGCUUGGUGUGUCAAUAGGAUUUAGAAACAUAGGGACUGGGUAAGGGAAAUUGCACAGACCUGCUUUGGUAACCUUGGAAACCACCCUGACCAGAUCACAGGGAUGGCAGUCCCUGACCAGUCAGCAUUCCCAGAUACCCAGCAGAGCACAUUUCUUCCCUAGAUACCGUGACCUCCAGCAAAUUUUCUUCAAUUUUGACCAAACCAUGAUAUGUUUUUUUUUUUUUUUUUCAAAGGCUGAGCAUAAAACAUCCUGUGUUUGGAUGCUUCUGGGUAAACAAUCUUCUACCAUAUUUGUGUGGUUCUUGGGUGGAUGGAUGGAUACGUGGUCAGAUGGAUGAAUGGAUGGUUUGGUAUCAUUAUAGAGCUGCCACAGGAAGAAGAUGGGACAAUUAAACUGGCUGGGCUUGUGGGAAACGUUACGGGAUGAGGGCCAUGUAGCUGAGCCUUGAACAACGGACGGACUUUUCUCAGCUCACAGUGCAGAUAAAGGUCUUCCAUUCCAAGGGCAGCAAAAUGGAAGUAUGAAGUGCAUGACAUUGUGGGAGAAUGGUAGACUGAAAUUACCAUGUGUCCAAAUUAAAAUUGCAUACUUCAAGGAUUAUUUGAAGGACUAUUCUUAGACCCUUUUAAGAAGAUUUAAAGAAAAACCACUCGGCCCUGAGCGCGGCAAGGACCCUGUUCGUGGAUGUGGAGGAGCGCGGGCCGGAGGCCAUGGACGUGAAGGAGAGGAAGCCAUACCGCUCGCUGACCCGGCGCCGCGACGCCGAGCGCCGCUACACCAGCUCGUCGGCAGACAGCGAGGAGGGCAAGGCCCCGCAGAAGUCCUACAGCUCCAGCGAGACUCUCAAGGCCUACGACCAGGACGCGCGCCUCACCUACGGCAGCCGCGUCAAGGACCUGGUACCGCAGGAGGCCGAGGAGUUCUGCCGCGCAGGCACCAACUUCUCCCUGCGAGAGCUGGGGCUGGGGGAGGUGACCCCGCCACACGGGAGCCUGUACCGCGCGGACAUCGGCCUGCCCCAUUGCGGCUACGCCCUGGGCGCCAGCUCCGAGGCCGACCUGGAGGCGGACGCCGCGCUGUCCCCCGAGCCCCCCGUGCGGCUGUGGGCCCGCAGCACGCGGUCGGGGCGCAGCUCCUGCCUGUCCAGCCGGGCCAACUCCAACCUCACGCUCACCGAUACGGAGCACGAGAACACGGAGACCGGUGCUCCCUUGCAUUGUUCAUCCGCUUCAUCAACCCCUAUUGAGCAGUCCCCCUCCCCGCCCCCCUCCCCUCCGGCCAAUGAGAGCCAGAGGCGGUUGCUAGGCAACGGUGUGGCCCAGCCAACCCCGGACUCAGACUCUGAGGAAGAGUUUGUCCCUAAUUCAUUCUUAGUUAAAAGUGGCUCCGCCAGCCUGGGGGUCGCUGCAAACGAUCACCCGGGCGGCCUGCAGAACCACUCUCGACUCCGGACACCGCCGCCGCCUCUCUCGCACGCCCACACGCCCAACCAGCACCACGCGGCCUCCAUUAGCUCCCUGAACCGGGGCAACUUCACUCCGAGGAGCAACCCCAGCCCGGCGCCCACGGACCACUCGCUGUCUGGAGAGCCCCCCGCCGGCGGCGCGCAGGAGCAGACCCACGCCCAGGACAACUGGCUGCUCAACAGCAACAUCCCACUGGAGACCAGAAACCUAGGCAAGCAGCCAUUCCUAGGGACAUUGCAGGACAACCUCAUUGAGAUGGACAUUCUCAGCGCCUCCCGCCAUGAUGGGGCUUACAGUGACGGGCACUUCCUCUUCAAGCCGGGAGGCACCUCCCCGCUCUUCUGCAGCACGGCGCCGGGCUACCCUCUGACGUCCAGCACGGUGUACUCGCCGCCGCCCCGGCCCCUGCCCCGCACCACCUUCUCCCGCCCGGCCUUCAACCUCAAGAAGCCCUCCAAGUACUGUAACUGGAAGUGCGCGGCCCUGAGCGCCAUUGCCAUCUCGGCCACGCUGGUCAUCCUGUUGGCGUACUUUGUGGCCAUGCACCUGUUUGGCCUAAACUGGCACCUGCAGCCGAUGGAGGGGCAGAUGUAUGAGAUCACGGAGGACACAGCCAGCAGUUGGCCUGUGCCGACGGACGUCUCCCUGUAUCCCUCAGGGGGCACUGGUUUAGAGAUCCCUGACAGGAAAGGCAAAGGAGCCACGGAAGGAAAGCCCAGUAGUUUCUUUCCAGAGGACAGUUUUAUAGACUCUGGAGAAAUCGACGUGGGGAGACGGGCUUCCCAGAAGAUUCCUCCUGGCACUUUCUGGAGAUCUCAGGUGUUCAUAGACCAUCCUGUGCAUCUGAAAUUCAAUGUGUCUCUGGGAAAGGCGGCUCUGGUUGGCAUUUAUGGCAGAAAAGGCCUUCCUCCUUCACACACACAGUUUGACUUUGUGGAGCUGCUGGAUGGAAGGAGGCUCCUGACCCAGGAGGCACGGAGCCUGGAGGGACCCCAGCGCCAGUCUCGGGGAGCCAUCCCCCCUUCUAGCCACGAGACCGGCUUCAUCCAGUAUUUGGAUUCAGGAAUCUGGCACCUAGCUUUCUAUAACGAUGGGAAGGAGUCUGAAGUGGUUUCCUUUCUCACUACUGCCAUCGAGUCGGUGGAUAACUGUCCCAGCAACUGCUAUGGUAACGGCGACUGCAUCUCCGGGACUUGCCACUGCUUCCUGGGCUUCCUGGGCCCUGACUGCGGCCGAGCCUCCUGCCCCGUGCUCUGCAGUGGGAACGGCCAGUACAUGAAGGGCCGGUGCCUGUGCCACAGCGGCUGGAAGGGCGCCGAGUGCGACGUGCCCACCAGCCAGUGCGUCGACGUGGCCUGCAGCCACCAUGGCACCUGCAUCAUGGGCACCUGCAUCUGCAACCCCGGCUACAAGGGCGAGAACUGCGAGGAAGUGGACUGCAUGGACCCCACGUGCUCCGGCCGCGGUGUCUGCGUGAGAGGCGAGUGCCACUGCUCUGUGGGCUGGGGAGGCACCAGCUGCGAGACGCCCAGGGCCACCUGCCUGGACCAGUGUUCGGGCCACGGAACCUUCCUCCCGGACACCGGGCUCUGCAGCUGUGACCCGAGCUGGACUGGACACGACUGUUCCAUCGAGAUCUGUGCUGCCGACUGCGGGGGCCAUGGCGUCUGCGUGGGGGGCACGUGCCGCUGCGAGGACGGCUGGAUGGGGGCGGCCUGCGACCAGCGCGCCUGCCACCCGCGCUGCGCGGAGCACGGGACCUGCCGCGACGGCAAGUGCGAGUGCAGCCCGGGCUGGAACGGCGAGCACUGCACCAUCGAGGGUUGCCCUGGCCUGUGCAAUGGCAACGGCAGAUGUACCUUGGACCUGAACGGGUGGCAUUGCGUCUGCCAGCUGGGCUGGAGAGGAGCUGGCUGUGACACGUCCAUGGAGACCGCCUGUGGCGACAGCAAGGACAACGAUGGAGAUGGCUUGGUGGACUGCAUGGACCCCGACUGCUGCCUCCAGCCCCUCUGUCACGUCAACCCGCUGUGCCUGGGCUCCCCUGACCCUCUGGACAUCAUCCAGGAGACACAGGCCCCUGUGUCCCAGCAGAACUUGCAUUCCUUCUAUGACCGAAUCAAGUUCCUCGUGGGCAGGGACAGCACGCACGUCAUCCCCGGGGAGAACCCCUUUGACGGAGGGCAUGCAUGUGUCAUUCGUGGUCAAGUCAUGACAUCAGAUGGGACCCCACUGGUUGGUGUGAAUAUCAGUUUUGUCAAUAACCCUCUCUUUGGAUACACGAUCAGCAGGCAGGAUGGCAGCUUUGACCUGGUCACCAACGGCGGCGUCUCCAUCAUCCUGCGGUUCGAGAGGGCCCCCUUCAUCGCACAGGAGCACACCCUCUGGCUGCCUUGGGAUCGCUUCUUCGUCAUGGAAACCAUUGUCAUGCGGCACGAGGAGAAUGAGAUUCCCAGCUGUGACCUGAGCAGCUUCGCCCGCCCCAACCCGGUCGUGUCUCCUUCUCCGCUGACGUCCUUCGCCAGCUCCUGUGCAGAGAAAGGCCCCAUUGUCCCAGAAAUCCAGGCCUUGCAGGAGGAAAUCGCCAUCUCUGGCUGCAAGAUGAGGCUGAGCUACCUGAGCAGCCGGACCCCCGGCUACAAGUCUGUCCUGAGGAUCAGCCUCACCCACCCCACCAUCCCCUUCAACCUCAUGAAGGUCCACCUCAUGGUGGCAGUUGAGGGCCGCCUCUUCAGGAAGUGGUUUGCCGCCGCCCCAGACCUGUCCUAUUACUUCAUCUGGGACAAGACGGACGUCUACAACCAGAAGGUGUUUGGGCUCUCAGAGGCCUUUGUUUCCGUGGGUUAUGAGUAUGAAUCCUGCCCAGAUCUGAUCCUGUGGGAGAAAAGAACAGCAGUGCUGCAGGGCUAUGAAAUCGAUGCUUCCAAGCUGGGAGGAUGGAGCCUGGACAAACACCACGCCCUCAACAUCCAAAGCGGCAUCCUGCACAAGGGAAACGGGGAGAACCAGUUUGUGUCUCAGCAGCCGCCUGUCAUCGGGAGCAUCAUGGGCAACGGGCGCCGCAGGAGCAUUUCCUGUCCCAGCUGCAACGGCCUGGCCGACGGCAACAAGCUCCUGGCCCCCGUGGCCCUCACGUGCGGCGCCGAUGGCAGCCUCUACGUGGGAGAUUUCAACUACAUCCGAAGGAUCUUCCCCUCCGGGAACGUCACCAACAUCCUGGAGCUGAGUCACAGUCCAGCACACAAAUACUACCUGACCACAGACCCCAUGAGUGGGGCCGUCUUCCUUUCGGACACCACCAGCCGGCGGGUCUUCAAGAUCAAGUCCACGGUGGUGGUGAAGGACCUUGUCAAGAACUCUGAGGUGGUGGCGGGGACAGGUGACCAGUGCCUCCCCUUCGAUGACACUCGCUGCGGGGAUGGUGGAAAAGCCACGGAAGCCACACUUACCAACCCCAGGGGCAUCACGGUGGACAAGUCGGGGCUGAUCUACUUCGUGGAUGGCACCAUGAUCAGACGCAUUGAUCAGAAUGGGGUCAUCUCCACCCUGCUGGGCUCCAACGAUCUCAGCUCGGCCCGGCCCCUGAGCUGCGACUCUGUGAUGGAUAUCUCUCAGGUUCGCCUGGAGUGGCCCACAGACUUAGCCAUCAGCCCGAUGGACAACUCGCUCUAUGUCCUGGACAACAACGUGGUCUUGCAGAUCUCUGAGAACCACCAGGUGCGCGUCGUCGCCGGGAGGCCCAUGCACUGCCAGGUGCCCGGCAUGGACCACUUCCUGCUGAGCAAGGUGGCCGUGCACGCAACCCUGGAGUCAGCCACCGCCCUGGCCGUCUCUCACAAUGGGGUCCUGUACAUCGCUGAGACCGACGAGAAGAAGAUCAACCGUGUCAGGCAGGUCACCACCAGCGGAGAGAUCUCACUGGUUGCCGGGGCCCCCAGUGGCUGUGACUGUAAAAAUGAUGCCAACUGUGAUUGUUUCUCUGGAGAUGAUGGUUAUGCCAAAGAUGCGAAGCUGAAUAUCCCGUCUUCCUUGGCCGUGUGUGCUGACGGGGAGCUUUACGUGGCUGACCUUGGGAAUAUCCGAAUCCGGUUUAUCAGGAAGAACAAGCCUUUCCUCAACACCCAGAACAUGUAUGAGCUGUCCUCCCCGAUUGACCAGGAGCUCUACCUGUUUGAUACCAGUGGCAAGCAUCUGUACACCCAAAGCCUACCGACGGGGGAUUACCUGUACAACUUCACCUACACCGGGGAUGGUGACGUCACGCUCAUCACAGACAACAACGGCAACAUGGUCAACGUCCGCAGAGACUCCACAGGGAUGCCCCUCUGGCUGGUCGUCCCGGAUGGCCAGGUGUACUGGGUGACCAUGGGCACCAACAGUGCGCUCAAGAGUGUAACCACACAAGGACACGAGUUGGCCAUGAUGACAUACCACGGCAACUCUGGCCUGCUGGCCACCAAGAGCAAUGAAAAUGGAUGGACAACGUUUUAUGAGUAUGACAGCUUUGGCCGCCUGACAAAUGUGACCUUCCCGACCGGCCAGGUGAGCAGUUUCCGAAGUGAUACAGACAGCUCAGUGCAUGUCCAGGUGGAGACCUCCAGCAAGGACGACGUCACCAUAACCACCAACCUGUCUGCCUCAGGUGCCUUCUAUACACUGCUGCAAGACCAGGUCCGGAACAGCUACUUCAUCGGGGCCGACGGCUCCCUGCGGCUGCUGCUGGCCAACGGCAUGGAGGUGGCCCUGCAGACGGAGCCCCACCUGCUGGCCGGGACCGUCAACCCCACCGUGGGCAAGCGGAACGUCACGCUGCCCAUCGACAACGGCCUCAACCUGGUGGAGUGGCGGCAACGCAAGGAGCAGGCUCGCGGCCAGGUCACCGUCUUCGGGCGCCGGCUUCGGGUUCACAGCCGGAACCUCCUGUCUCUGGACUUUGACCGCGUGACACGCACGGAGAAGAUCUAUGACGACCACCGCAAGUUCACCCUCCGCAUUCUGUAUGACCAGACGGGGCGGCCCAGCCUCUGGUCACCCAGCAGCAGGCUGAACGGCGUCAACGUGACAUACUCCCCGGGGGGCCACAUUGCCGGUGUCCAGAGGGGCACCAUGUCUGAGAGGAUGGAAUACGACCAGGCGGGUCGCAUCACAUCCAGGAUCUUCGCUGAUGGGAAGACAUGGAGCUACACCUACUUAGAGAAGUCUAUGGUGCUGCUCCUCCACAGCCAGAGGCAAUAUAUCUUUGAGUUCGACAAGAACGACCGCCUGUCUUCUGUGACCAUGCCCAACGUGGCUCGGCAGACGCUGGAGACCGUCCGCUCAGUGGGCUACUACAGGAACAUCUACCGGCCCCCCGAGGGCAACGCCUCAGUCAUCCAGGACUUCACGGAGGACGGGCACCUCCUCCACACCUUCUACCUGGGCACUGGCCGCAGGGUGAUAUACAAGUAUGGCAAGCUGUCCAAGCUGGCCGAGCUGCUCUACGACACCACCAAGGUGAGCUUCACCUACGAUGAGACUGCCGGCAUGCUCAAGACCAUCAACCUACAGAACGAGGGCUUCACCUGCACCAUCCGCUACCGUCAGAUUGGGCCCCUGAUCGACCGCCAGAUCUUCCGCUUCACCGAGGAAGGCAUGGUCAAUGCCCGCUUUGACUACAACUAUGACAACAGCUUCCGAGUGACCAGCAUGCAGGCUGUGAUCAAUGAGACCCCGCUGCCCAUUGACCUGUAUCGCUAUGACGACGUGUCGGGCAAGACGGAGCAGUUCGGGAAGUUUGGUGUCAUCUACUACGACAUUAACCAGAUCAUCACCACGACGGUCAUGACCCACACCAAGCACUUUGACGCCUACGGCCGGAUGAAGGAAGUGCAAUAUGAGAUCUUCCGCUCGCUCAUGUACUGGAUGACCGUCCAGUAUGACAACAUGGGGCGAGUGGUGAAGAAGGAGCUGAAGGUGGGACCCUACGCCAACACCACCCGCUACUCCUAUGAGUAUGACGCCGACGGCCAGCUGCAGACGGUCUCCAUCAAUGACAAGCCACUCUGGCGAUACAGCUAUGACCUCAAUGGGAACCUGCACUUACUGAGCCCUGGAAAUAGUGCGCGGCUUACCCCACUACGGUACGACCUCCGCGACCGGAUCACCAGGCUGGGCGACGUGCAGUACAAGAUGGACGAGGACGGUUUCUUGAGGCAGCGGGGCAGCGAUGUCUUUGAGUACAACUCAGCCGGCCUGCUCAUCAAGGCCUACAACCGGGGUGGUGGCUGGAGCGUCAGGUAUCGCUACGAUGGCCUGGGUCGACGGGUGUCCAGCAAGAGCAGCCAGAGCCACCACCUGCAGUUCUUCUAUGCAGACCUGACCAACCCUACCAAGGUCACCCACCUCUACAACCACUCCAGCUCUGAGAUCACAUCCCUCUACUACGACCUGCAAGGGCACCUCUUCGCCAUGGAGCUGAGCAGCGGAGACGAGUUUUACAUAGCUUGCGACAACAUCGGGACCCCUCUUGCUGUCUUCAGUGGGACGGGCUUAAUGAUCAAGCAGAUCCUGUACACAGCCUAUGGGGAGAUCUACAUGGACACCAACCCCAACUUCCAGAUCAUCAUUGGCUACCAUGGUGGCCUCUAUGAUCCACUCACCAAGCUCGUCCACAUGGGCCGGCGGGAUUACGAUGUGCUGGCUGGUCGCUGGACUAGCCCAGACCACGAGUUGUGGAAGCAUCUUAGUAGCAACAACAUCAUGCCCUUUAAUCUCUACAUGUUUAAAAACAACAACCCCAUCAGCAACUCUCAGGACAUCAAGUGCUUCAUGACAGAUGUCAACAGCUGGCUCCUCACCUUCGGAUUCCAGCUUCACAACGUGAUCCCCGGCUAUCCCAAGCCAGACAUGGAUGCCAUGGAACCAUCCUACGAGCUCGUCCACACACAGAUGAAAACUCAGGAGUGGGACAACAGCAAGUCUAUCCUCGGGGUGCAAUGUGAAGUGCAGAAGCAGCUCAAGGCCUUCGUCACCCUGGAACGCUUUGACCAGCUCUAUGGCUCCACAAUCACCAGCUGCCAGCAGGCCCCAGAGACAAAGAAGUUUGCAUCCAGCGGCUCCGUGUUCGGCAAGGGGGUCAAGUUCGCCUUGAAGGAUGGCCGCGUGGCCACAGACAUCAUCAGCGUGGCCAACGAGGACGGGCGGAGGGUUGCUGCCAUCUUGAACAACGCCCACUACCUGGAGAACCUGCACUUUACCAUCGACGGGGUGGACACCCACUACUUCGUGAAACCGGGGCCUUCGGAAGGCGACCUGGCCAUCCUGGGCCUCAGCGGUGGGCGGCGAACCCUGGAGAACGGGGUCAACGUCACCGUUGCCCAGAUGAACACGAUGCUUAACGGCAGGACUAGACGCUACACAGACAUCCAGCUCCAGUAUGGGGCGCUGUGCUUGAACACCCGCUACGGGGCCACUCUGGAUGAGGAGAAGGCGCGGGUGCUGGAGCUGGCCCGGCAGAGAGCCGUGCGCCAGGCCUGGGCCCGCGAGCAGCAGCGGCUUCGGGAAGGGGAGGAGGGCCUGCGGGCCUGGACCGAGGGCGAGAGGCAGCAGGUGCUGAACACGGGGCGGGUCCAAGGCUACGAUGGCUUCUUCGUGAUCUCGGUCGAGCAGUACCCGGAACUGUCAGACAGCGCCAACAACAUCCAUUUCAUGAGACAGAGUGAGAUGGGCCGGAGGUGACAGAGAGGACCACGGCCGGGACUUCUUGCCAAAGACAGCUACUCUUUUGUGGCCGCGUACCUGACUGUGUUGUACUUAAAAGAGAGAAAAAAAAAAUCCUUUUUUUAACAAGUGCAAAAAAAAACAACAAAAAAAAGAUACUUGGUUGCAUUGUAACUCAUGCAACAUCCUUUUUUUUAAGAAAAGAAAAACACAGAUUUGGCCUUCACACAUUUUUUGCAAAGAACAGAGGGUAUUUUUUUUUCUGUAGUGUGAUCACAAUGAAAACUUGACUGUCUUUUGUUCCCUUUUCCUUGUUGUUUGGGGCACGUUUCUCUUUGCUGAGAUGCAGCCCCUGGGGUGUGUCCUUGUCUGUCCCCAGGUCCCCAGUGUGAUGUGAGACACGAGUGUCUGUGCUAACUUGUCCCACGUGCAAGGCUAUUUUCCACGGGGGUCGGGCAGGAGUGAAGGGUGCGGAGAGUCAUGGGCCAGUAGCAAAUUUCCGGAGGGCCUGGAAAGAGGGUCUGCAGGACCCAAGGAUCUUUGGCCAAGCUCCCACAGACAGGUGGCGGUGCUUUUUAACACUGUGUUCCAUGCCCCCGGAGGACCACGGAUGGUUUCAUCUUGCUCUGGGGAAUUUCAUGAUCUCACAGCACCUUUUUCAAGCUGCCCCAAACUCCUGUCCAAGCUUUAUAUUUUGAUGCUAAAUGAAACCCCCAACCCCUUUUGCAAACCCUGUGUAGUUGUCAGUUGCCACCCCCCUGCUGGGAUGGAGCACGUGUCUCCCGGGUCUUUUUCCCAGUUGGCAACCUCGUCCUGGGGGCUAAGAGGCAGAGGCACCCAGGGCGUCUGUGGCUGGUCAGUCCUCCCUUGAUGUUCCUUAUUCAGCUCCUCUUCUCUCCCCAAGCCAGAUGUGAGAACCAGCACUGCACAGCCGGCCCUCAGUGUGGGCACCACGCCCGGAAGAGAAGUUCACCCACUGCAAAAGGAUGGCAUUGGUGGCAAGGGUACCAGCCUGCCUUCCUAGGUGAAGCCCUCUCCCCCAGGACUCUGGGCAUCUUGCCUCCACUGCUCAGCUGCCACCACUGAGAACUAGGAGUGUGGAGAGAGGUGCCUGGUGGCCUUCAGUUCCGGAAAAGAGGUUUAAGGAAAAGUCAGCCAAAGAGAGGAAGGCGUGAACCAAGCAUGCUUCUAACCAGCUCCGGAAGGCUCCUCUGCUUCCCCCAUGUCGGGCUAACUGCAGAGCUUGGGAUGCAGGAAAUUUCUUCUGUGAAAUUCUUCUAAAACAGAUGACGGCUUCUCCCCUCUAGAGGAGCCCAACCAGGGUUUUAAAGCAAGAUGAAGGAGCAAGGAGGAGAGGAGAGAGAACUUGGUGUGGCCUGGCAGCAUCAAGCUGCCCCUCCAGGACUGGGGGCAGUGCCCGCAGAUGCAGGAAGCCAGGCUACAGUUGCCCCUGUGAAGACCCACGCCUGAGGUCAGUGGGUAGAGGCUUGUGGCCAGCCCACACCUGCAAGGCUUGUCCGGGAGAGGCAGCCCCCACCAGGCUGAAGGGGAGCGCUGAAGGGAGGGGAGACCGGGGCGCCUUUCUCCUGUCUCAUCUGCCCAAUUACCAUCAUCAUUACCUCUCACAGGAGGCUCUGGGAGACUGGGAGGGGAAGCCAAAUGUUCCCUUUCAAGCUGGGCUUCUUAGAAAAUGGGACUUCUAUGGGUUACAUUUUAUAUUAAGUGUGGAAAAUGAAUUCUGAGUCUGAGCUCUUUCCCCGUGGAAACCUUGUUGGACUGACAAGCUCACGGCACCUUUAUAGCCUUACUCACAGAGUCUUCAGAAUAUUCCAGCAGUGAACGAAACCGAGACAGUCUCUUGCUGCGUGAGAAUCGGUGCAGCACGCGGGCCGGGGGCCUGCCUGGCGGAGGGAGGCACCCAAAGCUGCUCGGGAGAGGAGGUCUCGCCUGACAUCGUCCCACUGGGAUGAGAGGAUGCGUUUCGCUAAGUGCUCUUCCUGUUUCCAAAAAAAAAGAAAAGUGACACUGCCGUGACAGUGCACCUUGGCCUGUUUGUCCACCGCGUCCAGAGCUCCGCCAAGUCACAUGGCAGGACUUCCGGGCCCCCGUGCGAGGCGGGGGCUGGUGGUGGCUCCCAUCUGGCGGGAUCCUUCUUGAACAGGAUGGAAGAUAGUUGGGCCUGAAGAACAUGUUUUGUUUUGUUUUUAAAUCCAGAAUAGACCUGCCUCUCAAAUGUCAUCUUGAUGGAAGGGGUCCUUGAGCAGUGGGGCCCUGCACAUUGGCCUAGAUGAUCAGUUCCACCCUGACCUCCUGACAUCAGCCCAGACCUGCUGGGAACGUCUACUUGGAGGUCAGAGCCAAGUGAACCAUCUCCCUGUACCUCCCCAACCCUCUGACUCUCCAACCCCAAAGCAACCGUGACUCUUAAAGAUCAAAGUCACAGAAAAUGACUGAACAUUACUUUUCUUUAAAUGAAUGAUGUUCUUUUUUUUUUCCUGGGCUACAUACCAUCACGGAGGCCUAGCUUCUGUAUGGGAGGAAAUGGAAGCACCCCCAGCCUUUAGAGAAAGGGUCUCAAGUGUGGGGCAGGCAGCCUCAUGCACCUCAGUUCCACCUUGUGCUGUUGCCAUUGGAGAUGGUGCUUCUGGCCUUGGCCCUCAUGAGUUGGUUUGCAUUUGAGCUCGAAGGUGACUCAGUGCCUCUCCUGUCUUCCCGCCGGGACCAGCAGUCCCAGGGUCACAGCAACAGUGAAGGCAUAAGCCAGCGUUCCCCAUGCCAGCCUAACAGCCUCCAGGCAUCAAAUCCCAUCUUUGAUGGCACCUGCCCUUUUGACAUUAACCAGCCAAAACGUGUCCCUUCCCUCGAGUGACAGCCCGCCCUCACUGGCCCCUGUCCACUGUCCUGCAGAAUGACAGCUUCUGUCCCAAGAAGGCAGAAGAGCUGUUUGUGGAAGCUUCUUUAGAAGAGCUCCUGCCUCCUCCUGUGUCCUCCACAGCUGCCAUCAGCCCCUCUGCCAUCCCCUUAAAUAGGACUUCAGUGAUUCCCCAACUUUGGUUUUAUAGGAUGAGAUUUCCUUUUCACCCACCCACCAGACAGACAUCACUGGAGGGGGGAGCUAUGACAGCAGGAAGAAGGCAAAGAAACUCCACGGGAAAUGACCCCUGAUGCUUGCCACUCAGAACUGUUUGCUGAGAAGUAAACCAUGGAAUAGACCCGUACCUGAUUUCUACCUAGGGAUGGAAGAUUUGAAACCAUUUCCAAGAAACUGACCAGAAGUUGAAAAUGGCCAGAGGGUGUGAUUCUAAUGAAUUAGCAUGAGGUGGGGCUGGGAGCAGAAGGUGAUGUAGACAAGGAAGGUGAAUAAAACAGGGCAGUGUUUUCAUAGACACACAGCAGAGGACUUCCCAGGUGACGCUAGUGGUAAAGAACCUGCCUGCCAGUACAGGAGACAUAAGAGACGCAGGUUCAAUCCCUAGGUCGGGAAGAUCCCCUGGAGGAGGGCAUGGCAACCCACUUCAGUAUUCUUGCCUGGAGAAUCCUUCCCAUGGACACAGGAGCCUGGCGGGCUACAGUCCACAGACUCGUAAAGAGUCGGACACGACUGAAGCGACUUAGCACAACAAGGAAUCAAAUUUGUUUUUUUAAAAAAGAAUAACCUUUUUAGCUAUGACUUUUAAGUACCACCUUUAACAAUGGCAGGGGUUUCCAAUAUGCAAAGACAAGAUUUCCACGUGAAAUCUUAGAAUAGUUUUACAUUGGCAGCCUGUGUCUGCAAUUGCCACAGGAUGAGGACCAUGACACUGAGUUUGGUGCCCAGGAGGAAGGAGUCAGCCAGGCCUCAGCAGGGUCUCGGGUUUUGGGGUUUGUUCCCCCGGUGCUCAAAGUCAAAUCUAUCCUCUACCCCUCACAGUGGCCACUAAAGCCCCAGCCGUGGCUUCUGGUCCCAAGCUAGGGCCCGCCUCCUGAGGGUUCCCAGAAAGAACCCAGUCUCUUUUUUCCCCUUGGGAUCCUCAUUUAGGACUAAAAGCCCUCUAUUGAAGGUUCAUAAUUCCCAGGUAGGUUUAUAUACUUGUCUGUAUUUUAUUGGACAGGAGGAAAUUAAAGAACUCUGUAGUUCACGGCCCUUUCAUUUAACCUUCGAAAAACAACAAACUCAUUUUAAAGACUCAUUGCUCAGGUGAUAGAAACUUGAUCCUCUCCAAACUUUACAUUCUCAAAAAACCAGCCUUGUGUACACGACCGCCCCAGACAGCGGGCCGAUGUUGGGUUUCUUACCCUUUCUGGAAUGCCAAAGGCAUGAUACCAGGUGACCUCUUGGUCCCCAGAAACAUGUGUUUGAUUUUGAGGGCAAACUGCCAGUGGAGAACAAAUGCUCCAGCAGGCUCCGCUAGCCUGGCAGAAGCUGAGUCACAGAUGUCUGGUGGUGCCCGGCAGCCCUGGAUUCACCCAACACCAGAAUCCCACUUUUCUAGACCCGCCUGAUGUUCUUCAAGACUUCUGAACCCGCAGCUUUGGCAACGGGACUCUCCCAAGCUGCCUCUGGACGACCAACACUGGAGACUCUGGCCUUACCAUGUGGAAAUAAUUUUCCUGAAGUCUGGAACUAAUUUUGAGAAGUUUUUUUCUCAACACUUUUGUGUUUCUAACACUGUAUUCUUGACUGUGUAAAUACCGACAAGGCUGUAAAUAAAUGCAGAUGUAGAUACCUUCUAGAAAAGGGGAAAAAAAAAAAAAGCAUAAAAACAAAACCAGAAGUGAUCCCGUGUAGCCUUCGUUGACAAAUAAAAGAAUAUUUUGUGUUUAAA